AUGCUAAUCGUUUGUUUGCUUCCUUACCUGUUUGUUCGUUGGAUUGAAAAGGUCCUGAGGGAGGCUUCUAGGGCUUCAAUCGUAGCGGUAAAAGCUCACUACAGCACAGCAGAAAUGAACCUCAACUUGCUACCUGCAGAGGAGCCAAAAGAAGCAGAAAAAUCAGGCUCUGUUCAGCUAAAUGACCAAGAAGAGAUGAGUGAAUCUGAAGAUGAAUUAUCCAACCUUUCUAUUCGUGCUCAGCUUGGUGCAGGAGCAGAGAUGCUGCUGAAGAGAGGAAAAAGUAUUCCAGAUGAAUUAUUAGUUGGCAUCAUGGUGGAAGCUAUUAGCCGAUUGCCGUCAGAAAAAGGUUGGAUCAUGGAUGGAUUUCCGAUGACACUGAAUCAGGCCAAACUGCUUGAAAAGGCUUUGACGGGGCGAGACCCAGACCAAGCAGAAGCAAAUGCUAAAAACUUGCGAAAACCUGCCUUGGUAGUAGACCCAGCAGCUCCAAAAGAGCCCCCUGUCCAUCUCCCGGGGCUCGAUUUUUCUAUUUUAUUAGAUGUUUCAGACUCGGCUGUGCUGGAUCGGGUGGCAAGUCUGAGAUCCGACUUCUUUCAAAUUGCGCAAGAAAAAGGUGAGCAACUGUCAGGAGCUGAACUCCACAGAAGAGAAAAAGUAGAGUCAGUGAGAGGUCAAAUGCAGCACCGAAUUGUAGGUUUCCUGGAGGCAUGGCCCAAAUUGGAAGCCUGGUAUUCAGAGCAGCAAAAUAUACUGAUAAAGAUCAAUGCAGAGACAGAGGAGGAUCUUUUGUGUCAAAGAGUGAAAGACAUUUUAGUGGAACAACUUGUUAAAAUUGAGAAUCUGAGAAAAGAAAAGGAACAGAGAGAAGCUGAGAAACUGCAAGAGGCUAUCCCACCAUUGCCAGAAGAGGCUCCUGUGGUUACUCCAGAGAAGGUGGAGGAAGUUGCCAUUGCUCCUCCUGUAGAAAUACAGGUAUCACCUUCUCCAUCACCAGAUGCUGAUGGAUCUAAAGAAUCACCUCCAGCAGAGACACCUGUUAAAGGUAAAAAAAGAAAGAAGGACAAAGGAGCUAAAGAAAAAGAAGGUAAACCAGGCACUCCGCGAGGAAAAGGACAGGGGAAGUCUCUGUCACCUUCACCUGAAGAUGUAUUGCCUCCUGCUCCUGUAGAACCACCUCCAAUUAAACCGGGAUCAAGUGAAUGGGUUUACAUAGAUGAACCACUUCCCCAAGAAGUGCCUGAAUUUUUAGUUCCUUAUUGGGAAACGGUGGAGAAGACAUAUGUGAAGAACAUCAAGGCUACACUUGGACAUCUCAGAGCUGAACAGCACGUUAUCAUUUAUUACCUGUCAGACAUAAGAAAACAUUUCAAGGAGUUCUUGAAACGCCCUGAUCACAAGCAAGAGUUUGUAAUUCAGUGGCAAGCCGAUUAUAACUCUGUGGCUGAUGACCUGUGGGAUGAUGAUGAAACAAAAGAAGAACUGCACCAAAGAGUUACUGACUUGAGAGAUCGUCUGUGGGAUAUUUGUGAAAAUAGGAGGGAAGAAGCUGAGCAAGAGCGUUGCGAAAUCAUGAGCAAUGGAUGGCUGCCAGACCGGAUGGGGCUACUGAUGAACCAUAUUUUUUCACUUAUGCAGGCUGAAGCAGACCGUUUCCAGGAUACCAAGAGACUUCUGCAUGACUAUUAUAGAGGAAUGGAAGGCAAAAUUCCAACAGAGACCAGCACUGAAUUUACCAGGAUACCCUUGAUAGAACUAGUUGAAAAAGAAACAUCUGGGGAAGAGGGCAAAACUAGCAGAAUCCCUAUGAUUGCACACAGAUCUCCUUCUCCAGAAGUCAACAGGGAAAGGAUCAAAGCAAUUCCAGUUAAAUUCAAGGAAGAUCUCUUUUCUGAGAGUGCCAUAUUUAAUUUUGGUCCAGACGAGAAACUGAUCACUGAGACGUGGCACAAUAUUGUAACAGCAAUAUCUAAUAUGGUGACUGCUGAAAUCCAGUCAAAAGAGGCAGAGGAAGAAAAGGAACGACUUCAGCAAGAAAUGAAGGAAAAAGAGCGCCUGAAAUCUUCCCAAGCCAACACUGGCAAAGGUGGAAAAGAAGGGAAAGGGAAAGGUGGAAAAGGAGGAAAGGAAGGGAAAGGCGGAAAGGAAGGAAAAGGUGGCAAAGAGGCCAAAGGAAAAGAGGGCAAAGAUGCCAAAAAAGGCAAAAAGAAAGGUAAGGAAGUUGCAGCGAUGUGA